CACAAGAUCUAACAGAUAGCAUUGCCAAUAAUAUCAUUAAUAUUGCAUUGAGAUUGGAUGAUGACCCACUAGAAGAUGAAAUUCUUAAAAGGGAUUUACAGCCUAUAGUUCAGCGUCAUACAGUUGAGCUCCGAGAACACGGAAUUAAACGUGUCACAAUUGUCUUGUUCCGAAAAGGCCAGUAUCCGGGCUAUUUUACUUUUCGCGAAGCCAAUAAUUUUGCUGAAGAUCAAACAAUUCGACAUAUUGAACCAGCCAUGGCAUAUGAACUUGAACUUUCAAGGUUAUCUAAAUUUGACAUCAAACCUUGCGCUACUGAUAACAGACAAAUUCGCGUGUAUUAUGCAAUAGGCAAAGAAAACACCUCUGAUUGCAGAUUCUUUGUUCGUGCUUUAGUUCGAUCUGGCCGCAUGAGAAAUAGCGUACAUACAGAAUAUCUCCUUUCAGAAUCCGAUCGACUUUUGAACGAAAUUUUAGAUACCCUUGAAAUCGUUAGUUCUAAUCACAAGAAUUCAGACUGUAACCAUUUAUUCAUAAAUUAUAUUCCAACUUUCGUUUUGGAACCACGUCAAAUCGAAGAGGCUGUUAAAAACUUUAUUGACAGGCAUGGAAAAAGGUUAUGGAGAUUACGUGUUACUGGUGCUGAAGCUCGGUUUAAAGUUGAAGAUCCUAUAAAAGGCAAUCAAUAUCCUCUUCGCGUAAUCAUCAAUAACGUUUCUGGUUAUGUUGUUAAAAUAGAGACUUACCAAGAGGUAAAAACUGAGGGCGAUACUACAAUUCUUAAAUCAAUUGGAAAAAUAGGAUCUAUGCACCUUCAACCAACACUUACUCCUUAUUCAACCAAAGAAUGGCUGCAACCAAGACGUUUUAAAGCUCAUCUUAUGGGUACUACAUAUGUUUACGAUUUUCCCGAGUUAUUCCGGCAAGCAGUUCGUACACAAUGGAAUCGAGCUAUUCAUAAUUGUCCUGAAUUGAAAUGCCCAACAGAUAUACUAGAGGCUAAAGAAUUAGUUAUAGAUGAAAAAGGCCAAUUGCAAGAAGUUGAUCGUUCUCCCGGUACCAAUUCAUUUGGUAUGGUAGCAUGGAUGCUUACAUUAUUUACACCAGAAUAUCCAAGAGGCCGUAAAAUUGUUGUAAUUGCAAAUGAUAUUACAUAUCAAAUCGGCUCAUUUGGUCCUGCUGAAGAUCUAUUCUUUGCCAAAGCUACAGAACUUGCAAGAAAGUUGGGAAUCCCAAGAGUGUAUCUUUCAGCUAAUUCUGGAGCCAGGAUUGGGUUGGCAGACGAGAUAAUUAACCAUUUCAAAGUUUCCUGGGUUGACGAAAAUAAUCCUAGUAAAGGAGUGAACUAUCUAUACCUUGAUUCUGAAACUUAUAAGCAAUUGAACCAGAAUAGGCAAAAAUCUGUAAUUGUUGAAGAAUUAGUUGAAGACGGUGAUGUUCGAUAUAAAAUCACUGACAUUAUAGGCGUUACUGACGGACUUGGUGUAGAGUCUUUGAAAGGUUCAGGAUUAAUAGCUGGUGCAACUUCGCGUGCAUACGAAGAUAUAUUUACUAUUACCCUCGUUACUUGCCGUUCGGUUGGCAUCGGAGCAUAUUUAGUCCGACUUGGACAGCGAACAAUCCAGAAUGAAGGACAACCAAUUAUACUUACAGGUGCAUCAGCUUUAAAUAAGGUGCUUGGUAGAGAAGUUUACACAUCGAAUCUACAGCUUGGAGGUACACAAAUUAUGUACAGAAAUGGUGUAUCUCAUAUUACUGCUCAGAAUGAUUUGGAAGGCAUUACAAAGAUUGUUCAAUGGCUCUCUUAUAUACCGGCAUCUAAAAGUUUACCUGUGCCCAUAUUUCCCAAUUCUGAUACUUGGGACCGAGAGAUUGAUUAUAUGCCACCUAAAGGGCCGUACGACCCUCGUUGGUUAAUUACUGGAAAAUCCGAAUCGGAUAAAUGGAUUAGUGGAUUUUUUGACCGUAAUUCAUUCGUAGAAACGCUUGGUAAUUGGGCUAAAACAGUUGUUGUUGGUCGUGCGCGCCUUGGAGGAGUCCCUAUGGGUGUAAUUGCGGUUGAAACACGUGUAGUAGAACAUAUAGUUCCCGCUGAUCCUGCUAAUUCCGAAUCUCAACAGCAAGUAAUGAAAGAAGCAGGUCAAGUUUGGUAUCCAAAUUCAGCCUAUAAAACUGCACAAGCUAUUAAUGAUUUUAACAAAGGUGAACAGUUACCUUUAAUGAUUUUUGCAAACUGGCGUGGAUUUUCUGGUGGUCAACGUGAUAUGUUCUUAGAAAUUUUGAAGUAUGGUUCAUAUAUUGUCGACGCACUCACAAAUUACAAACAACCCGUUUUUGUCUAUAUUGUACCAAACGGAGAGCUUCGUGGAGGUGCGUGGGUAGUAGUAGACCCAUCAAUUAAUGAAGACAUGAUGGAAAUGUAUGCUGAUGCAAAAUCAAGAGCUGGUGUUCUCGAACCUGAGGGAAUUGUUGAGAUCAAAUAUCGAAAACCUCAACUACUUGCUACAAUGGAACGUUUAGAUGAAACAUAUCGUAAUCUUAAAAAAUCGUUAGAAGACCCUUCAAAAACUGAGAUGGAAAAAUCUGAAAUUAAGAUGCUUUUGGAGGCUCGAGAAAAUGAAUUACUUCCUGUUUAUUCUCAAAUUGCUUUACAAUUUGCAGAUUUACACGAUACACCUGGUAGAAUGAAGGCUAAAAAUACAAUUAGGAAAGUUUUGGAAUGGCGAGAAGCUAGAAGAUUUUUCUAUUGGCGUGUGAGAAGACGGUUACAUGAAGAAUAUAUAUUUAAAAAAUUGAGUGCUGCUAAUCCUAAUCUUACAAAGGCCCAAAUGAAAGGUUACUUAGCUACAUGGUUUUACGAUGAUGUCGGAGAAGAAUUAGAUUGGGAGGAAUCAGAUGUUGAAAUUGUGUAUUGGUUCGAUAAAAUGCUUAGCAGUUUAGAAACAAAUACCCAUAAUAAUAAUAUUGACGACGAAUAUAAAGAUACUGAUGGUGAAACAUCUAGUAAAUCGUUGUCAUCAAUUGAAUCGCGAAUUGAAAGUAUAAGAAACGAAGCAAUAGCUCAACAAAUAUUUGAAUUAGGAAAGACCAAUAUACAGGCCGUUUUAGAUGGAAUAUCUUCAUUAUUAGAACAUUUAGAUCCAGAAGAAAAAACGAAUAUCUUAAAACAAUUAGCUGGUACUUUAUAA